AUGUCUCAUAUUAGGUUUCCAAGUUGGUCAUUCGACGACUUGGCCCAGUUCGAGCUCGAUACUUUAGAAGAUAUUUUCAAGAGAUCUGAUUGGCAGGACCGGGCACUAAAGCCUGCUCUGUCGUCCAUCCUCGCGCCAGCUCUCUGCGCUGUUUAUGGUAAGCAAUUGGUAUUCACACUGGCAGCUUUUCUCGGUUUGCAACCACGUGACAAGGCGGCCACGUUGGAAGUCAAAACAAUGCCAAUUUAUCCCUUAAUAGGCCACUUCCGAGUUGCCUCAAGCCUCUGCUUCAAAGCGAGGCUAAGUGUAAAGCCUGUGAUAUGAAAAUGACUUUUUACUUCCGGUCCCAUGCAAAUGAAAUAUAUAUACAUUUUCAUACGAAAGGCUUUGCAUUUAGCCUGUUUUAAAAGUGAGAGUUUUUGGAACUACGAAAUUGCUGGUUUGCACGUGACGACACGGCGGCCAUGUGGGCGGGCAAAAACAAAAAGUAUUUCUAUCCUCUGGAAACUAAACUUUAUUUUGAUGUAAAUUCUUCGAGAAAAAAUUCUGUUGUCUUGACCCGCAACAUGGCCGCCUUAUCACCUGGCUGCAAACCAAGAGUAGCCUGUUUUAGCUCCCACUGGAGGGAAAGGCUUUUGGUCUUAUUUUCCAAACUGGUCGAUGUCACGUCAGUAGCAAAGCAGAAGCUGUCUCCUAGAAAAAUUGACGCUAAGCGGGGUCGUGUUAUUCGAGUGUGCAGAGGAGGCUUAGAACCGAGAGCAAUAGCUCGGCGAAUUUUCUCGACAAGCUUGACGGGUGACGUCACAUCCAAAACUAUCACUAAUUAAGACUAAGAACAAGGCUGGCAAAGCGGCAAUUUUGAGCAAACAGCUCAGCACGCAGCUACUAUUUGUAGAACUGUUUGUCUGAAUUUUGUCAUUAAAAUGCGAAAUUGACAAAAGUCAGACAAAACAUUGGCAGUUAGUCUCUCUGAUGUCAUUUGUGGGCUUGGAAAACUUCCUCCCUCCAGCAAAUUUUGGUUUCAAUCAGUCACGUUUGUUACCAGAUUUUUCGUUUUGUCGAUGGAAAGCGCCGCUCCUUGUGCAAAAGCAAAUUAAUUUGCCUCAUAGAAUAAAAAAGUGGCCGACAGACAAUUUUGUGCUUUUCUAACUCCUCAAGCUAUACUUAGUCUGCAGUCAAUUUAUAGCGGAAAAAUUAUUUAUCAGCAGCCAUUUCUUAAUUGAUGAUUAAACUUCUCAAGUCGAAAAACGGCUGCCAGCCUCUCUGUUUGUUAACUACUUUGAAUUAAAUUUGCGCCAAAAAAGGCAAAGACGAAAAAAAUAAAGAACAAACCUCAAACCCGACUGCAAAAGAACAAAAUCGAGAGAAUUGGGAUUGUAACAACAAAACUUGACAGGAUGAAAAUUCACUUUUCCGAACAAGCUAAGUGACUGCUGCAGUCCCUCGACUUAGCUGUCUAACAUAUAUCAGUGGUGUAUCCAGACCGUCAGAUAAGGGGUGGACCCGGUCAUCCAGAUCCUGAGAUAAGGAAGUGGGGUGGGGGGAAUAAUAAAAAAAAAUUUUCGGCCCCUCGGACCUCAGUUUGGUCUAAAAAUAAGAGGGACCCCCCCGGCCCUUCCUCUGGAUCCGCCACUGUAUAUGAUCAAAGUAGUCACGUUUACUAACGCCUCGUGACCACCAAUAAAUCGAAUUACGUAACAAAGAAACCUGCACCUGUAUACUGGCAAUAUGAGUUGGCGUCACCAUCAACUAUUUUGCCGCUAACUGUCCACAUCGGAAGGUCUUUGUACGUAAUUGUAUUUGCAAUAGUGUGAAGCUUUACGCAGUAGUCUACACAUUGCUCAUUUCUUACACAUACUCUCCCAAUUUCGUUACGCACGCAAAGGCAGUGAAAUUCCAGCUCAUUUAAAACGUAAGCGGUGAUAUAUUGCAGGGAGAAAGAAGUCAAAAAAAAUGCAAUAUUCAUCAUUUUCCAGCUGCCUUAGAAGGCGGCCAAAAGAGUACGCUUAACUUGAACCCGAAUCCAUUAACCUUGUAUUUGCUUUUUUGUCAGACCUUUUCCGGUCAACUUCCGCGUCCUUUUUUGGAAACUUAUUUGUGCGCGUUCGGUAUGAGCGUUUCCUUUUUUGAAGGUGGAAACGGCGGGUCUUAAUUGUCACUUGUCAACACCUCUUCACACAUGCACAUUUGUGCACCUUUAGUAUUAGACUUUCAAAAAAGGCCUUCGUCGGAUUUCAUAUGGCGCUGGACGAAGGUCGACCUCUCGGGACUUCGUCGCUCACUAUCGGCCGCUUCCCCGCCAAACAAGUCUCGCUCCGCUCGCCGAGAGGUCGACUUGUAGCAAGUCUAGUUUAGUAUGAGCGUUUCCUUUUUGGAGGUGGGAACAGCGGGUCUUAAUUGUCACUUGUCAACACCUCUUCACACAUGACCACCCAUUAACAGAGGGGUAGAGAGAAAAUCAUUACAUCAGUGAAAGUUAAAGUGAACCUAAGUGCACUCAUUCUCUCUCACCGGUCUUCUUCUUACGUUCAUGACGUCAACAAAACGUUCAGAUCAGACGUCAUUUGAAUCAUGCGCAUAAGCGUUGUUGGUACAGUGAAAUUUUUCCUCCGGCGCGAAGCCAGAUGCUCUUUUCUUGAACAGGAACUCGCCCCCCGUUAGUAAAAGACGGAAGUUUCCGACGUGACUUUGCAGCUGGGUCAUUGAAAUUUGCAACGUAUAGAACAUUCGCUUACUCCCCGAAUUAAUUUUGUUUACGUCGAGAUUAUCGUCACUGUUUUCUCCUAGGACUCUUGAAAUUAAAACUAAAAUUAAACUGAAAUUUUUCCUGGAAUAAUUCCCAAUUCUUCACGUGAACGAACAGACAGCAGGCGGUUAACAGAGCGAGAGAUUAAAAGGAAAGCCACGCAAGCUCACGUACUCGACUUGCAUUCACGCUCCAUCUCACAGUCAAGUAACGCUUACGCCUACACACACUCCAUCGCGCAUAUACUGAUAUUUAGAGACGGGACAUCUAAAAUCCCAUUCUGGUUCAUCAUCUUCAUCUUAUUCAUGGGUAACCUGGAAUAUGGAACCGUUCAUUCUGAAAGCCACUCUCGUAGGUUAACUGCUUCUUUAUAGCGACUAACCCUAUCACGAAACCGUAAGGAAAAAUCUGUGAUAAGAUCUCGCGAGCUCUUCGACUGUUCCAGGAGCACCGGGGCUACGAUGUGUUUGUUUCCAAAUACGUCUGAAUUGUCUCAAAUGGUUUUCUCUCUGUUUUUGAAACCCGUUUUGGUUAAUUUGGAGCUGCCCUAAAAACUAUUUAUCCGUUCGUAUGUUAUAAGAGAACAUUGUUUGUCUCGAAAGUUUAAGGUGGCUUUUUCGUUUUAUCCUAAACUGUUAGCUACCCUGCAGCUGAUCGGUCCGGUCGAAGGAACAAGGAAAUGGAGUACCCGUAUUUUCUUUAGAGAAUUCCAGGGGACAUUAACCUUCGUCAAUAAUCUCAAUAUCUCAGCUAAUAAAAUGUGAAAAAAAAUAGUGGGUAAGUUAUUAGUAGAAGAAAUGAUUAAUCCGUAUUACUUAGACGACCAUAUAAUGGAGCGGUUAUCCAGGUAUUUGCUCUUUCGAACAUAUAUUUUUCAGAUAGAAGUCCUCGACUGUCCCCAUUACUGUGUUUGAGAAAUGAGCUCACAUCUUUAAUAAUUAACUGGACUGACCAAGUUCUAGUCUGUGCAUAUCAUGAUGAGUAGAUGUUUUGAUAUACGCAUUAUUUACAAUAAACAACAUUUCUCUUCACUUUUAGCAUCUUACGAAGAUGAAAAGCCCCUAUGCAAUUUUCAGGAAGACCAUAUUGUCUGGGAUCGGCAUUAUACGCUCAAGGUAAGCUUAAAAUACAAAUUAAGUGAUUUGCGUAACAAAUUUCCUGUUUUGGGUACAACUGGUUCGGAAUAGAUUAUGAGUAGUCCCCUUUUUCCCUCAGGGAUAGUAGAGCGCGCGUGAAAAUCACCCCACGCGUCUCGCCUUUCUCGCGUGAGGUGAUUUUCACGCGCGCUCGCGUUUCGCUCGCCUCUACUAUCCCUGAGGAAUAAUUGGGGACUACUCUUAGUCUAGGUUCGGAAUAAUUCGGGUUCUAACACCCUUCAGUUUGAAAAUGAAUUUACUGCAGGAAAUUCUAAUUAGAACAAGUAUAAAAUAGCUCCUUAAUUCUUUUCAUCAUUUUUGUCAAAUUCCUAAGAUAAUCAUUAAUUUCACCUGUAUCCAGAAAUGUACAUGACCCGGUCUCUCCAGGCACUUCACUUGACUUCUCUUUGAUUCCUUGUAAUUUUCAUAUAUUUGACUUUAUGUUUCAAAGAAUUACUUGCAUUUGGAUGACGAUUAUCGCUAGUAUAGGGGAGACUUUGUGAUGUCUAUUGUAACCAUUAUGAAUCUCAUAACCGUGUAUUUCUGGGCAUAAUUUGUUAAUUUUUUUGGGCUGUCAAAUCGCGUCACCAUUGUCUCGCCAAUCCAAGACAGUCUUGGAUUCUAGAUUCCAUUUUGUGCGUUCAGAAUUCUAGGAUCUGUAUUCCGGAUACUUUGUCGGUGGAAUUUACACCAGUCGUUGGCGGGAUUCCGGAUUCCUUUGAGCUGAGUUCCGGAUUCCAAAGCACAGGAUUCUUGUUUCUACAAACUCUCCAAUCGAGAUUAAAUUACAUGGGGAGAAUUAUGCACUAUACAUUUCUGGGAAACUGCCCACCUACCCCUUCCCUAAGCCAACACUUAACAUUUACUUCUCACUUAAGGCAAAAUGUUGGCUUAGGGGAGGGGCAGGUGGGAAUAUUCCCAGAAACGUAUAUAAUGAUCCCAUUAUCACACCAGUUUUCGUACUGUAUUAUCAAAGAAGUAUGUCUUAUUCUUUGUGCACAGGAUUUGUCCCGUAUCGAGGUGAAGAUUCAAAGCGUCGAAAGUCCAACUUCCUUGAGCGGCAACUUUUUCGUUCCCAUUACAGAAGACAAAGAGCGAUGUCGCUCUCCAGAACUCUUAUACCCACCUAUUGCGAAUAUAGCAGAGGUAUUUAACGUAUUUGUUACUACGCUGUGAAGUACUUUGAACCGCGGCAGGAUUAGCUCAGUACAAGAGAGAAAAUGAGACAUAGAGGGAAUCGUUAGGGCGUUGGCCAGGAUAUGUGAAUUUCACUUAAGUCAUUUUUAGUAUAGGUAAUAGCAUGAUCUGUAGUGAUAUUUGGCAAUAAAUACCACGAGUGAUAUUUCAAAAUUGUUAUACGUAAUUUCACCAGCCGUUAGGCGAAUGAAAUUUGAGACAAUUUUGAAAUAUCACUCGUGGUAUUUAUGCCAAAUAUCACGUACAAAUCAUGCUAUUAAUUGUUUAUACUACUACCCUUAGAAGGUUUGUAAUUUUCACAUGUAGGUAUUUCAAAUUAAGCUGAAAUACCACUGCUCUAAGCCAAUCAAAUUGCAGAAAUUUCUCAUGUAGAAGUAUAAGAGGUUGUAAUUAAACAGAAGGCUAUUUCCUUAGAUGUGCGCAGAUUUAAAUCGAUGGUUUGAAAUAUCAUCAAGUCCUUUGACUAGCUCAAAGCGAAAAGUACAGAAUAUUAUAAUGGCGACUCGGUUGAAUUCUCUCUUGAACUGGCAAUGAAUGAAAAUUUGCUUAAACUCCCCAGAAAUCAACUUCCGAUUAAUUUAAGCGUUCAUUGAUCUAAAAAUAACUUUGGUGAAAUUUGCAUACCCAAGAGCUAGACUACGAGUGGUCCCCAUUUCUCCUCAGGGAUAGCCGGAGCGAGCGAAACGCGAGUGCGCGUGAAAAUCAACCCACGCGGGAAAGGUGAGACGCGGCGGUGAGAGAGAAAAAUGAGGGACCACAGACAAAGCCCUAGCUUUUGACGUUAUGCGUUGCUCUCACAUUUUUCUCUCUCACCGCCGCGUCUCGCCUUUCUCUCGUGGGUUGAUUUUUACGCGUGCUCGCGUUCGCUCGCUCUACUAUCCCUGAGGAAAAAUGGAGACUACUCGUAGUAUACCCAAGGGCUGGACUGAGCGUUUCCUUCUCUGACCUAUUGACCUAUCAUUCUCUUUUGGUAGAGCGCCAACCUCGUUCUCAGGGUCUUCUCCUACUCAUUCCUCGGAGCGAGAGGACCCUGGGAACGAGGGUGGGAAUAGUGCUUGACUGCAGAGCGGAACGUCAUGGGUUCGAUUCAGGGCGGAUAAACAUGUACCCGUCGUCGUUCGUUCCCCGGGGCUGGACCAAUACCAGGGUCUUAAAAUAACCGGGAAAUGAAGGUACUUCCUUUGCCCUGCAAAUGGCUAGACAUUCGCAUGACUCGGAUGACUACGAAAAAUGGCGGUUUUCGUCUCCUGAAGGAGUCCUGAAAGUAUUGUCCACAAUGAGUACUUUUUCGCAUGAUACAUUGGUACUAAAAUUAAGUACCUUUUGUUUUUGCAAGCCGGAUUACCUUCACAGUCUUCCACCAGUAAACGGUCCGUAAAAGGUUUUGUAGCGUGCAUGCAAAAGCGAACUGAACUACAUUACGACUCGAAACUGUUUAAGAGGUUCCGGUGCAGUAUCAAAUCAACGGUUGGAUUAAUGUACCUAAGGGAAUAAUUACAGUAUCAACGAACAAUUUAAGUAGCAACAAAAAAUUACAUUUUUUGUUUUGCUUUCUUACCACAGACAAAGGAAAGAUUACCUUCACCUUGCGACUCCGGUAGAUCUUCGCCAAUCUUUGUUUCGGGAUACGAAGCCGAGCGACAACGAAACGACAUUAAGCAGUUUGGACGAGAAGCAGCUUGUAAGCUAGCUGAAAGACGAGCGGAGUAUGCAAAAAGAAGAAUGGAACAAGUACAAGAGGAGACCGUCAUAAUCGAGGUAAUAAUUGCGUUAAAAUUAAAUCUCAACUAACAAUGAACUAUAUAUAGGGCCAAAAUUCAAGUUUACUUUGUUUCCAGGGUUGUGAUUGAAACUGUCACAAAUAGUAUGCGCAUGCCCCAAGGAAAAAUAAAAAGCUACAAACUCCAUCGACUUCACCUUUUACACAACAACGAGUUUCUACUUUGUACAACACUUUUAUUGGCAGCAUCUCUUAUUUUUGUUCAUAAAAUUACCGUGAAAUGUCAAAGACAAGAGGCAGGAGAAGCAAACCAAAAGUACUAGCCGGGCUCAAUUCCCAGCUCGCGCUGUUCCGGAAAGCCUCAAGGUGGCGGGAUAUUCUGUAGUUAUCACAAGACAGGUUUUCUGGUUUAGAGAACAGGCGUUAAACGAUAUUCCUUUUUUGUCCAAUACUUUAGCGCAACAUAGAGGAAGCCAUCAUCAACAAGCUAGAACUACUUACAAUGGCCGACGAGUUAGAAAAGCAAAGGGAAUUCUUCAAAGGCCGAAAAGCUAAAUUAUGGCGGCGAUGUGCAAACAUGGCGGAAAUCUUGGCUAAAGAAGAAACAGAAGCAGCAUUAUGGCAGCAAAGAUAUAAGAAAGCUAUGAUGGUUGCGCCAGGGAACAUGGCAUUUUUCUGAACAGCAUACAUUCGUGUUGCUAAAAGCCAUGCGCAGUGUCGUCACAGCACGACAGCCUCGUUCUGGAUUCAAGGUUGAUAGAACCGAACCAGAGAAAUGCCCCGUCAGCUCAAGGAAAUCGAGCACAAUGCAUCGUCAAGUUUGUAUUGAAAUUUGACAAAAGGAACAUUGCAAACUAUACUGAGGAACUUAAUACCAAAGAGAAGGGCUUAAAACAGAUUUCCGACAAAAUCAAUAGAGGCUUCAAUAACCGAUCAAGACAAUGAUCAGUACCGAAAACAACAUCCAUUACAAUAUACACAAGAAAAACGCAAACAGCUCAUGAUGGCGCUUAAUCUAAUUUACUAUUUGUCAAGUCAUUUCCCCCUCAAUAGCGAGCAGCAGAUAAUUUCUUCUUAAAUCACCUCUAGAUUAGACUUUCAUAACAAUCAUUGAGAACGAUAAAUGUCAAAAAUAAAAAAAAAAUCAUAGAAAAUAUUACAGAAGAGAUUGAAGAAUCCCAUCACGAUUUAAAAAUGGGCAAAUAUUAUAUUAUUAUUUAAUUAAUAAACAUUAUAUCGCGACGGGAGUCGCUGGCAGUCGGCGCUAAUAGUAACCUGCUGGCAAGGUCAUCCGACUAGGGGGCUACUUUUUUAACGUUCAAAGGGGUAACUGUCACUUACAAGCUCCCUCCUCCAAAAACUGAAUAAAAUAUAAUUUUUUUCACCAGUGAGUUAAUUUAUAAUUAAAUGAAAACUGUGUA